AUGAGUAUAGCUGCAUAUUCGUAUGAAGCUGACAGAGCUAAACGUUUAUAUUUUGGUCAAUACUCUCUCACACUUACUGACAAAUAUAUUGUUAUCAGUGAUGGAAAUACCGAGAAAUACAUAACAUGGAAGGACUAUGAAAAGUUUGACCCUAUUUUAACUCCAUGUACUAUGCCAUUCAUUGUAAAUGGUGAAGUUGUCAUGAAGAACGACACAACAGUAUAUAAGUCUGUAUAUGAAGCAUUAGAAUAUAUGUUGAAUUAUAAUCCCGAAAGAUUUGACCCAAGCACUACGUCAUGUACAAUGCCUUUUAUUAAGGAUGGUGAAAUCGUAAGAGUUCCGGAUUCAACGGUUUAUACUGCUGUUCAAAACAGUUUACAAAACAUUUUAGCGAAUAUCUUUAAUUCAGAAACUACAGAAAUAAAAUUACCAUAUAUAACAGAUGCUAAAGAAAUUAAAUCAAAAACGACAACAUUAUUUACGUCACUUAAUGAUUUAAUGACUUAUAUCAUUAAUAUUCCUGCACCAACUACAGCAUUUGAUCCAAACUCGACGGUUUGCAGUGUACCUUUCAUAAAGUCGCAAACGGACUCUUUGAGUCCUGAAG